AUUUUCCCCCAUGUCCAAAGACCAAAAACAAAGGUUUCUCCAGAGCAACCCUGAUAGGGCUCUGUUUUCCUACCAAAUUACGCCCGCUGCCAUUCGCCGUUCGCCAAUAUGCCCUUUCUUCGUCUUCUGCUACUGCUAAUAAAUGUCGACGACCCCUAAAACCAAAAGCCCUCUUUUCAUUUCCCUUCUCCGCUCCUUCUAUUAGAAGAAAGACGUGAUUUUUUUCUUCUUUUUUUCUGUCACUUUCCCGAGAAAAUUUUCAGAUAGAGAGUGGGGCUGCGGCGUGGAGUUCUCUAUCUGCGGGGGGAUUCUUCUUUAAUUCGUUGGCCGGGGAAUGGCGGAGAAUGGGUCUCUGCCGGACCACCUCCGGUGCAAGCGGACCGACGGGCGGCGGUGGCGGUGCGGCCGGAGGGUGGAACAGGGGAAGAAGCUCUGCGAAAUUCACCACCUCCAAGGUAAGCAUCGCUCGCACAAGUGGAAAGUCCCCGAGUCGCUCAAGAUACAGAGGAAGUACAAGAACAGCAACAAUGGCGCUCGAGUUAGGUUACCCAAGGAGGGCGACGUCGUUUUGUCGAAAUUGGGGCAGAAGAGGAAGAGGCCGGAGGGAUUCCACGAGGUAGUGAAGAUGAAGAAGAAGACGAAGACGAAGAAGAUUAAGGCCAAGAAGAACACGCUGCAAUUUGAGCUGAUUCGGAUGGCUCUGAAUAGAGCAGUCGAGAAGCGGAAAGGGCAGAGUACCAAUAACAAGAAAUCCAACUCUAAGAAUAAGAGCGGUAGUAGUGAAAAUAACAGUGGGGAAGAAGAGGAAGAAGAUGAAGAGCACGAGUUGAUGAGAGAUUUGCCUAAUGGGUUCAUGGCUAUAUCUCCUGCUAAGCAUUUCAACAAUGUGGGUUCAUGUUCAGCUUCCACAGCUUCCUGCGACGUCAAAAUUGGGUCGGAUUUGAGUUCUGGGAGACGGUUCCGGUCUAAGAACCUCGAGCCAUUGCCCAUUGGAGCUGCCCUGCAGGUUAAGGAUAUGGUGGAAUUGAAGAGAGGGAAGAAGAAGCAGAAGUGCCAUUGGUGUAGGAAGAAUGGGUUGAGUAGUACUUUGAUUCAAUGUUCCAGUUGUCGGAAGGAGUUUUUCUGUAUGGAUUGCAUCAAAGAACGGUAUUUUGAUGAGCAAGAAGAAGUUCAGAAUGCUUGUCCAGUUUGCCGCGGGACUUGUGGAUGUAAACCAUGCUCGGCAGCCCGAUUUAAGGACGGUGAAUGUGAGGAGUUCUCUAAUGGUAGAAGACAGGUGAAUAAGGUCUUGUACUUUCAUUAUAUGAUCUGUAUGCUCCUUCCAGUGCUGAAAAAAAUGAAUCAAGAUCUUGCUUCCGAAAUUGACACAGAGGCCAAAAUAAAAGGUCUAAAACCUUCCGAGAUUCAAAUAGAGCAGGCUAAAGUAAGCAGCAACCAACGUUCGUGCAAUAACUGCAAGGCUUUGAUUGUUGAUUUCCUCAGAAGCUGCCAAAGCUGCCCCUACAGCCUCUGCUUAAGAUGUUGUCGAGAUGUUUUCCAGGGGUUAGUACGUGGGAAUGUCGAUGUGCUUGUAUCUAAAUGCCCUACAAGAAGGAAAACUUUCGUUUCGGGCAGACAACAAUCCGAGAUGAUAUCAGCAUUCGCAUCAAAGAAGAGAUUCCCCGGUAGACAUUCCCGUAAUCGAAAAGCUUUCAAUGGUUGUGUUGGUAUACCUUGUCCACCUUCUGAGUUUGGUGGUUGUGGUGAUAGCCUGCUCGAUCUGAGCUCUCUUUUCCCAUUGAAUUGGGCCAAGGAGCUGGAAAAAAGUGCAGAAGAGCUUAUUGGCUGCUACGAGUUGCCCGAGACCUUGGAUAUCAACUCCAGUUGUUCGUUAUGUACUGAGAGUGACCUGGAAACUGAUGAGGUAAAGCAGUCACAAGAGGCCUCUACAAGAGAAGAUUCACAAGACAACCUGUUAUACUGUCCUACUGCAGUAGACAUUCACGGUGAUAAGCUAGAACAUUUCCAGAAACACUGGGGCAAAGGUCAGCCUGUAAAAGUCCGCAAUGUGCUUCUGGGUACAUCUGAUCUGAGCUGGGAUCCAAUUGUCAUGUUCUGCACCUAUCUCAAGAACAAUGCUAACACAACCGGGAAUACGCAGGCUAUUGAUUGUUUGGACCACUUUGAGGUGGAAAUUGGUGUUCGGCAGUUAUUCAUGGGAUCGAUAAGAUGUCCGAAAAAUGCCAAUAUGUGGCAUGAGGAACUAAAGUUGAAAGGAUGGCUUUCUCCUCAAGUAAUCCAAGAACAUCUCCCAGCUCAUUACUCCGAAAUCCUUCAUGCUCUACCACUCCCAGAAUACAUGGACCCCACUUCUGGUGUCUUGAACUUAGCAGCAGAGUUGCCACAGGAGAUCUCGAAACCCGAUUUGGGUCCUUCCAUCUACAUUUCGUACAAUAGCGGGAACGAUAUUGUAAGAGCUGAGUCAGUAUCGAAAUUGCGGUAUGAUACCUAUGAUGUGAUCAACAUUCUGGUGCAUGCAACUGAUGCACCUGUCUCGACUGAACAACUUAACUAUAUCCGCAAGCUGAUGAAGAAGAACAACGAAGAGAACCGAGCAAAUGGAGGAAGCAUCGAAGAAUUGAGAUUGCAUGAUCUGGUAGAGGAAGAAAUUCAAUUGCACAAGAAAGUUGCUCGAGUCUCUUGGUUCGCUGCUGCACAACAUGAAACCCGUGAUGAGAAACGUAACACAGUUUUCCACAAUAAUGGAGCAUGUUCAGACACCGAUUCCGACACUGAUACUGAUACCGAUACUGAAGUCUCAAAGUUCUUGUUUGUUCCAGUCAAAGGGUCUAGGACUUCAGAGCACCGAACAUCCGGAUUAAAGCGUUCGGAAACAACCUCCGAUGAAGAAUUUGUAUCUGAGAAACAUGAAGAGUCAUGCGGUGUCCUAUGGGAUGUCUUCCGUCGACAGGAUGUUCCAAAGCUCGUAGAGUAUCUACGACAGCACUCGUAUGAGUUUGUCGAUACAUAUGGUUCCAGAAAGCCGGUUACUCAUCCGAUACACGAUCAAAUUGUCUUUCUCAAUUCGAUGCAUAAGCAAAGGCUCAAAGAGGAAUUUGAGAUUGAGCCGUGGACAUUCGAGCAACACGUGGGAGAAGCCAUCAUUAUUCCAGCCGGAUGUCCUUACCAGAUUAUGAAUCUCAAGUCCUGUGUGAACAUAGUGCUGGACUUCGUAUCUCCGGAAAGUGUCAUGCAGUCCAUGCAGUUGACCGAUGAGCUUCGCCUACUUCCAGAUAAGCACAAGGCCAGGGCUGAUUGUCUUGAGGUGAAGCAAAUGGCCAUCCAUGGCAUCAGUAGAGCCAUUAAAGAGAUACGUGAGCUUACUUCUUGCACUGACUAACACUGCGAGAUGCAACUUUCAGAAUACAUCAUCGUACAAUUCCUUGAGUUUUGCUACCACAGAUGAAGUACUCCCAUCAAUGAAUAAGUAUCAAAGGGCUGUGCAAGCUCAAAUUGUUGAGAAUGAGUGGAAGAGAUUGUUCCAGUUCUGCAUCAGAGUUAUAAGCAUAUAUGUACAAUGAUUGUAUGCUUUUGCUUUCAUGGGAUUCAUAAUCUGCAAUUGGAGAGAUGAUGGAAGGGAGGUAAUUCUUGUAGACUAAAGAUCAAAGGCUAGUUAGGAUAGGGUUUCUAAAUUUUUUUGUUGGGGUACUGUCCUGUGGAUUUUGUGCAUAUGACUCCUUUUUUUCCAAGACAAUCCAUUGGUUGUACAUAUCAUUGGUGGUAGUCUUCUGAGUAAUAGUUCAAGGUUGAGUGUUAGCCAUUAGGUUGUGAUUUGGGGUUACUGAUUUCCUGGAACUCAUAUGUGACUUUGGUAAUCGUAGAGUGUAACAGAACAUAACCGCUUGUCUUCAGUCACAAAUUUUUACUGUUUUUUUGUUGUUGUUGUUGUUGUUGCUGUCUCUGUAUAUGUCUAAAUCUAAACUCAGGGAGGACACGAUGGAAAUGGAUACUUAUCCAUAUUGUGUUGUGGAAAUUAGAAUGAAUUCAUGAAUGAAGCAGCUAACAGUUGGUCACCCUCUAGCUGCUGCGAGCCAGAAACUCUUCUUGAC